AUGAAUGGAGCCGAUUUGAUAGAUCAUUCACCAAGCCGGGCAGAAGCUGCGCCUCGGAUUCCGACGGCUUCAAAUCUAGUUUUAAUUGACAAUUUUGAUAGUUUUACCUGGAAUGUUUAUCAGUAUCUCGUACUAGAGGGAGCCAACGUGACGGUUUACCGUAAUGAUGAGAUCACCCUGGACGAACUGAUCACGAUCAGACCUACCCAGUUGGUAGUGAGCCCCGGCCCUGGCCAUCCAGACGCAGACGCUGGCAUCAGUAAGGAUGCAAUUCGACACUUUUCGGGUAAAAUACCAGUGUUAGGGGUUUGUAUGGGGGAACAGGUCAUCUACUCUGUCUUUGGUGGGAGAGUAGAGGAGACCGGAGUAAUCCUACAUGGGAAAACGUCUCCUUUACGACAUGAUUCGAAAGGCUUGUUCAAAGGUCUUGCUCAAGAUCUCCCAGUCACGAGGUAUCAUUCUCUUGCUGGAACACAUCCCACUUUACCUCAAUGCUUGGAGGUAAGCUCGUGGGUUGCUAAUGGCCGUGACUGCGGAACCAGCAUUAUCAUGGGAGUACGUCACAAGGAGCUUUUAGUUGAGGGUGUUCAAUUUCAUCCAGAAAGUAUCCUUACUGCGGAAGGUAGAGCCAUGUUUAAGAACUUUCUCAUUAUGCAAGGCGGCACGUGGAAAGAAAAUGAUAUGUUUCAGGCCGAAAGAGGUGCUGGUGUCCGCGUCAAUGGUUUUGGCAAAGACGGCAAAAAUUCGGCUGAGGACGGAACUUCGAACACGGCGUCCGAUGAACUAAAGAAACCUUCCAUAUUGGAAGAGAUAUUUGCGCACAGAAAAACCGCAGUCGAGGCACAGAAGCAAAUACCUUCGCAGCGACCGUCUGAUCUUCAAGCUUCUUACGAUUUAGGUAUUGCUCCUCCUCAGAUUUCGUUUCCUGAAAGACUUCGAAGAUCACAAUAUUCGCUAUCGCUGAUGGCUGAGGUCAAGCGAGCGUCGCCAUCGAAAGGCGACAUCGCACCACAUAUCUGCGCUGCUGAGCAAGCAAGGAAGUAUGCUCUGGCGGGGGCAAGUGUGAUUUCAGUCCUGACCGAGCCGGAAUGGUUCAAAGGCAGCGUGGAAGAUCUACGGGCUGUCAGACAAAGCCUUGACGGGAUGCCGAAUCGUCCUGCCGUGCUGAGGAAAGAAUUCGUCUUCGACGAGUACCAGAUACUCGAGGGUCGAUUGGCCGGCUGUGACAGUGUGCUUCUCAUCGUGAAAAUGCUGGAUGAAGAGACGCUGAAGAGGUUGUACCUCUUCUCAAAAAGCCUUGAAAUGGAACCGCUCGUCGAGGUAAACACCCCUGAUGAGAUGAAGAUCGCCAUUCAACUUGGUGCGCAGGUUAUUGGAGUUAAUAAUAGGGAUUUGACGACUUUCAAAGUGGAUCUUGAGACCACCAGCCGUUUGAUGGACAAGGUUCCAAACGAGACAGUUGUCUGUGCACUAUCUGGCAUAUCCGGUGCAGAUGAUGUUAAGUCAUAUCGAUCACAAGGCGUGGGUGCAGUCUUGGUUGGUGAAGCACUGAUGAGGGCUGGACGGCCUGACGAGUUCGCCAGCCGCUUACUAGGGUCUUCUGAGCCCACUGAGCAUGGUCAUGAAAGACACGAUGUGUUGGUCAAGAUUUGCGGCACACGAACACCAGAAGCUGCCAAAGUUGCCGCUGUAGCAGGAGCAGAUAUGAUCGGCAUCAUCCUGGUGGAAGGUCGGAAACGUUGCGUCUCAACAGAGUCCGCCCUUGCAAUAGCUGAGGCUGUGCGCACGACUCCAAAAUCGGGGACGAGGCGAAGUCCAGUUCUGAGUCCCGAGGAUUCUCUCAAAGCUAGUCAGUACUUUGAAUAUACCACAAAAUUCUUUCGCCGAGAGGACCGAGCCUUGCUUGUGGGAGUCUUCCAGAAUCAGCCUCUCUCUUACAUCCUCGGUCAAGUAAAGCUGCUGAAUCUUGACGUUGUCCAACUCCACGGUUCGGAGCCUGUUGAAUGGGCAAGACUGAUACCAGUCCCUGUCAUUCGUCGUUUUGGGCUUAACGAUCAAGGUAUAGGUCGAAGAGGCUAUCAUGCUCUUCCGUUACUUGACUCUGCUUCCGGUGGGACUGGGCAAAGACUCGACGCAAGUGCGAUCAAAUCGGUACUUGGGCUGGAUGAAGGUCUUCGGGUAGUUCUGGCUGGUGGUCUGGAUCCUGAUAAUUUGAAAAGUAUCCUCGCUGAUUUGUCCGAAUGCUUCUCACAAGUCGUGGCUGUUGACGUAAGUAGUGGAGUUGAGGAAAAUGGGUCACAGAGUCUCGAGAGAAUCCAAAGAUUUGUCGAAGCUGCAAAAGACGCUCGGGUGAGAUAA